UUGUGGUAGGCAAGGCUUUAAAAUGUGAUUAUUUGGGGAAAAAUUGUAUUUUAUGUUAGCACCGUCUUCACAAGAUGCUACAAGGCUUAAAACGGUUAAAAAGUAGAAUUCUAUAUUUUUUUUUCAGAAUAUAGCUGUUAAUAAUAUUAAUAGCUAUUGCUGUUGCUACUGCUGUAGCUGUUGAAAAAAUUCACAAAACUCUUCAAGAUGGCCGAAAUGAAACAGUUGAGCAGCUUAAACAUGAAAGUUGAAACUGACAUUGAAGACUACACUGACAUACUACCUAACAUGGAAGACUUAUUAUCUCAAACUAGCAUAUAUGUAGAUGCUAAGGGCUUAGACCAACAGAUUCUCAAUAUGAUAAUGCCCAAUGAAACAGAAGCGUUUAUUAUUUCCAUUAAAAAAGAAGUUAAAACCGAAGAACAGGAAGAAUUACCUGAUCAAAAUGAUAUAUCUUCAUAUUCUAUGGAGUCUACAGGGCAUGAAACGGCAGAAGCGUUUUUUGAUUCCAUUAAAGAAGAAGUUAAAGCCGAAGAACAGGACAAAUUGACUGAUCAAAAUGAUAUAUCUUCACACUCUGAGGAAUCUACAGAGCAUGAGACAGAUAGCGAUUGGGAGCCUUCUAAAACUGAAACAAGGUCCACAUACAGUGCACACACACUUGGCACUUCUCUGCGGAAGAAAUGCACGAAUACCCAACGCGCUGCUGAAAAACCUCACUCUUGCAAUGUUUGCAGUUAUAAAUGCAAAAACAAAAGUACAUUACUUUUGCACAUGAGGACUCACGAGGACACUAGCGGCAAAUUGUACACUUGUGACUUUUGCCAAAAACUAUUCAAACAUAGUUCUUUAGUGAGACACCUGUGGACUCACACUGGAGAAAAACCUUUUUCUUGCGACACUUGUCCAUUUGAAACUGCACAUAAAGAGCGCUUGGUGACACACAUCAUGAUUCACACUGGCGAGAAGCCCUUCUCUUGCAAGCAUUGUGAGUAUAAAUGUAGAACUUCAAGUGCAUUGAAAUCUCACUCUAGGAGACACACUGGAGAAAAAAUUCAUCCUUGUAGACUUUGUCGUGCGAGAUUUGUAAUGCGCAGUCAAUUAAACACGCACAUGAAGACUCACACUGGUGAAAAACCUUUUUGUUGUAACAUUUGUAACACAAAGCUAUCACACAAAGGAACUUUAAUUGCGCACAUGAGGAUGCACACUGGAGAAAAACCAUUUUCUUGCAAACUUUGCCAAUUCAGAUCUGCACGUUCAGAGUCUUUAGUGAGACAUAGGAGGGUUCACACCGGUGAAAGACCAUUUUCUUGUGAGCUUUGUGGGUCUAAAUUUGCGCGUUCAUGUAGCCUUAAAUCCCAUAUGAAACAUACUCACACUGAUAAUAGGCCUUUUUCUUGCAAACAUUGCAAGUUUAAAACUAAGACAAACAGCCAAAUGAAAAGGCACAUGAAGACUCACACUGGUGAAAAACCUUUUCAAUGCAACCUUUGUGAUAGAAGUUGUACAACUAAACAUCUUUUAAUUAGUCACAUGCGGACGCACACUGGAGAAAAACGUUUUUCCUGCGAUAUUUGUUCAUUUAGAACUGCACAUAAAGAUCGUUUAGUGUCGCACAUUAGAAUUCACACUGGUGAGAAACCUUUCUCUUGCAAACUUUGUAAACAUAAAUGUAGGACCAAAAGCGCUUUAGACUGUCACAUUAGGACUCACACUAAAGAGAAAAAUCACUAUUGCAGCCUAUGCAAUUCAAAAUUUUCAUUUAAAAGCAGUUUAAAAUCUCAUAUGAGGACUCACACAGGACUUCAACCUUUUUGUUGUGAUAUUUGUCCGUUUAGAACUGCACAUAAAGGCCGUCUAGUGACGCACAUCAUGACUCACACCGGAGAGAAACCCUUCUCUUGCCCACAUUGUGAACAUAAAUGUAUUACGAAAUGCGGUUUAAACAGUCACAUUAGGACUCACGCUAGAGAGAAACUUUACUGUUGUAACUUUUGUAAUUCAAAAUUUACAAAAAAAUACGUUUUGAUAUGUCAUAUAAGAAAGACUCACACAAAGAGUCCUGUAUGAGUCUUUAUAUUUGUCCAUUUACCAACCAUGCUCAUUGCUCAAACAAAAGGAAAAACUCAUGAUGUAGGAAAGAGACGUCAUUAGUUUCAAUCAAAAAGUGUACAAUAGUAGGUACCUACUUUAUUUAUUUUUACUUAUGGUACUUUGAAUAAAUUAUUAUGUUUACUUCUGUAUAAGUACCUAUCUCUAUCUAAGUAUUAUAUUUAGAAAUGUCGGCAAAAACUUGCUGUGUAUGAAUUUGUUUUAUGAUUGAAAGCAGAUGAAGUUUUUUGAAAUAAAUAAUUACUGAAUCGAAA